UUGCCUUUGCUAGGGUUUUGGAACGCGUCAUACACAACACGGUGGAUCAGGUGAGAGAUCACAGGGCAUGCUUCAUCCGGCGUAGAGAGGAGGGGAGAGCUCACAGGAGCCAUGGCAGCCGCGAGCAUCAAUGUGAUGCUGGCAAUUCACGCGAAGAAAACGACGCCAGUGGAUCUCCACAAGCCGCUCCGGCUCUACAUUUCGCAGCACUACUCGGAGCGCGAGGCCCGCGAGGCCGACGACGAUCUCCAAUCGGUCCAGGAAAUGCGGUCAGAGAUCGAGAAGGCCACGGACUCCCUCGAUUCGCGACGCGAUCUCUUGCAACGCUACUUCCGGGCUCUCUGCGUGAUGGAAUCUAGGUUUCCAAUCUCCAGCGAGCGGGAGCACGUCAAUUCCCUCUCCUUCACCUGGUAUGACGCCUUCAAGCAGGGAAGAAAGGCGAGCCAGCAAAACAUCCACUUUGAGAAGGCGGCCAUAGCUUUCAACCUUGGGGCCGUGUAUAGCCAGAUCGCUCUCUCGGCCGAUCGAUCCCUCCCAGAGGGCCUCAAGCAGGCUUGCAACUCCUUCCAAGCUGCGGCUGGAGCUUUCGCCUUCCUCCGCGACAACGUCUCCAUGAAAGCUUCCGGAAACUCCACCACCACCGACAUAUCGGUGGAGUGCGCGGGGAUGCUGGAGAGGUUGAUGCUGGCACAGGCACAAGAGUGUUUUUUCGAGAAGGUGGUGAGCGACAACCGACCGUCGGCUCUGUGCGCCAAGGUUGCCAGGCAAGUUGGCUUGUUCUACGACGAAGCUCACGCGGCGCUGGUGCUUCCUCCGCUCAACCAGCACUUUGAUCGGAGCUGGGUGUCGCACGUCCAGCUCAAGGCGGCGCAGUUUCAAGCGGAGGCGUGCUACAGAGUUUCUCUCGAGCUCCACGAGAAGGAGAACAUCGCCGAGGAGAUUGCGAGGCUCAAGGCUGCCAGCAGCAUGCUCACCGAGGCGAAGAAGUCUGGCAGGGGUGUGAUCGGGCCGCUUCUGGAUGCUGUGACGAAGCUGGAUGGGAGUGUGUCGCGGAACUUGGAGAGAGCAGUGAAGGAGAACGACAGGGUUUAUCUUAUGAGAGUUCCGAAUCCGGACUCGCUGCCUCCGCUUCCGUCCGCGGUUCUGGUAAAGUCGGCAGCGGUUGCCGAGCUUUUGGAUGCCAGUAAGGAGAAGAUGUUCUCCAACCUUGUGCCCGACAGCAGCGCAAAGGCAUUGUCGAAGUACACCGAGAUGCUGGACGAGAUCAUUCGUGUCCAGGCAGAGAAGUUGCAGCAGGAGAGCGAGAUCACCAGGGUGAAGCUGAAGGAGAUGAACUUACCGGAUUCUUUACUGGCUUUAGAGGGCAAUGCUAGCUUGCCGGAGCAUCUGAGAGACGACGUAGAGGCUGUACAGAUUGAUGGCGGUCCAGCGGGACUGGAAUCGGAGAUGGCACAGCUGCGGGAUUUGCGACGAGUUAACGAAGAGCUGCUGGUUCAAACCGAGGAACUGCUGGAGAAGGAGUCUAGGGAGGAUUCACAGAUUCGUGCUCAGUUUGGAACGAGGUGGACGCGUCCUCAGUCGAGUACUCUGACGAAAAAUUUGCACGACCGGGCAAAUGGAUUUGCGGCAAAUUUAAAACAAUCUGGCGAAAGUGAUCGUCGUAUUGAACGCGCAAUCAAGGAUAAUACCGCGUUUCUUUCUAUUCUGGACGCGAGACCAAUCGAAUCGGCUUUGCCUUCUCUUGCAAGGCCAAUUUUAUCUCUGAAUGGCAACGAGGACGCUGUCGUUGGUGCUCUGAGGCAGAAACUGUCUGAGUUGGAUAGGCUCGGUCUCCAACGUGCUAGUCUCGAAGAUAUGCUUAAAGAUAUGAAGAGACAGGACAACAUCUUACCAAAACUCAUGACUACCUCUGGCUCUUACGAAGAUUUGUUCAAAAGGGAGCUUGCUAAGUAUGAACCUGUGUCAAUUGAAGUUGCUAGGAAUGUACAGGCACAGGAGCAACUACUGCACGAAAUAGAGGCUCAUAACAAUGCAUUCGCUGCAACGUUCAACUUGCAAGACUAUGUCGUGGCGCGAGAGCGAGCAUACAAGCAACUCAGUGCGGCGAUCGCAAAGUACCGAGAGAUCAGAGAGAACAUAAACGAAGGCCUCAAAUUCUACGUGACGCUCCAGGACGCCAUCACAAACCUGAAGCAGCAAUGCAGCGACUACGUGAUGACGCGCAACAUCCAGUCCCGCGAGAUGAUGGAGGAUCUCCAGCGCCAAAUCACAGGUUUAUCCUUCAACGAUACUGGGCCGAGUCGCACGUACCCGCCAGUCACUCCCCAUCAAUCCCAAGCUCCCCAGUCCCAGUCCUCGCAUCAAACUUAUCAGCACCCACCACCAUACAGUUCUUCCAGCCAUUCUCCAUCUCCUCCUCAGCACUCCCCUCCUCCUCAACACUCUCCACAGCAAAACUCUCCUUACUAUCCUCCCAAUAUGCCGCCGCCUCCAUACUACUCCCAGUCCCAGCAUCAGCAAGCUCAAACUACUCAAGCUCCUCCAUCGCAAGCUCCUCCACACCGCCAGCAGCAAUCUCCUCCUCCUCCACAGCAUGUUUACGGCCAGCCUGCUUAUCCCGGAUGGCAGGGAACUUACUACAACAAUGCCGCUCCUCCUCCUCCUCCUCCUCAACCUUCUUCCACUCCUCCUCCAUCGAGCUCGCAUAGUCAUUUUGCUGGACCUUACGCUCCAGGCCCUGGUUAUUAUUCUUCUUACUACAAGCAAUAGGAGGCACUUGGUGGAAAUCGUUCUGGAGCAAAUAAGUGCGUUGAUCGUGUGAAAAAAGGACGAUUUUUUGUGGAUGGAUGGAUCAUGGAUGGAUCCAUUAAGCUUGGAAUUGAUAUGCCAUUAUUUCAAGACAACGCAAUGUUUGGGUGGUGAUUAUUUCAAGACAAGGAUGUCGUCUUGUUUCACGUCACUGCUCAAGUGUUUGAAAAUGUAGUAAAAAAUAAAAAGCGUCUGGUAGCCGAAAAGAUUC